UGGUGUUAGGAUUAAAUAUUUAAAUGAAAUAAAUUGUACUUAAAAAGUUGAAAAUACAAAUUUCAUUACCGUAUGCUUAUCAGCAAUUUUUAAAUGACAAAAAUAAAACCUAUACGUAAUACGUAUACGUAGUAUCAUACGGACAAUACCGCUCAUAGCGCACUUUAAAACAAAAGCCCUUGCGCAUUUAGCAUUAUAUUAUGCAAAAUUGCCAAAAAGUCAGAUAAUAUGUGCUGAAUACUGUGCAACGCCGAAACACUAUCGACUGUCAGUUGUAUUUUAAAUUUAAAUUAUUUAAUAUAGGAAUGGAUACAGUUUAGCAGAGUUUGAAAAGUAAAUCGAUAAUGGUACUAUCUACUUACAUAAUUGGUUAACCGUUUUAUGUAUUAGAUUUAACAUGUUUUUGGAUACAGAUGAUUUAGUGACAUCCAGUAUAAUUGCAUUUCUGAUUGCAAUUGUAGUUUUUGUCUUUAGUAUUAAAGCGUUCAGAUGGUUGUCCCCUGAACAUUAUGUGGCCGACAAAAGUUUAUCAUCUCAUGUGUGGGUCGAAAAACCAAGUUACAUAUUAAGUGAUCCUAAUGCCUGUAUUGUAUGUGAAACAUUGACGCAUGGAUCGAAAGUUCGAUACUGUGAUAAUUGUGGGAUCUUCGUUGACAUAGGUUGUGUAAAAAAAGCCAACAAACGAUUAAGCUGUAAGAUUUUAAGCACCAAUAGACCACCUAAGACUUUCAUACACCACUGGAACAAGUCUCUGUUAAUUGAUGUUACAUGUUGUGUUUGUUCCUCUGAUGAUGACACUGAUAGUGAUCUUGGACAUUUUUUUCAAUGUAUAUGGUGUAGGAGAUUUUUACACGAAAAUUGUAUUACGCAAUUUAGUCAGAAAUGUGAUUUUGGAAUAUAUCGGCAAUAUAUUAUACCGCCAUUUUGUAUAAAAACAAAUAAUCGAUUUAAAAAUAUAUCCAAGCAAACAAUUGAAAAAGUUAUUCACCCUGGUUGGGAAAAGUGGACACCUUUAAUCAUAUUUGCAAACAAGAAGUCUGGUAAUAAUGAUGGAGCUCUAAUAAUUUCACAUUUCCGGCGUUUACUAAAUCCUAUACAGGUGUAUGAUGUUAUUGACUGCCCUCCAGAAAAAGCUUUAGAUUGGUUAAAAACCACACAGCUGGAAUGUGUUUUUGUCUUAGUUGCUGGUGGUGAUGGUACAGUAGCUGGUGUAUUAAACAGCAUUCAUAAUUUGCAAUUAAGAAUAGAUCCCGCUGUAGGUAUUAUACCACUUGGUACAGGCAACGACUUGUCUAGGGUAUUGGGAUGGGGAACUUCAUACUCUGACUCUGAUUGUUCCGGAAUAGUGAAUUCUCUUGAUAAUAUUUCAGUUGUAAAAUUAGAUAGAUGGAAAGUGAAAAUUUUGUCAAAUGUUCUGAAGAAGAUAAAAAUAACAAACACUAUCACAAUGUACAAUUAUUUAGGAAUCGGUUUAGACGCUCAAAUAACAUUGAAUUUUCAUCGUACUAGAAAGUCACCAUUAUACUUAUUCAAUAGUACACUGUUGAAUAAGGUGAUAUAUGUAGGGUGUGGUACACAACAAUUUCUAGAACAUCAGUGUAAAGGACUGCCUGAUAUGAUUGAGUUAUAUAUGGAUGACAAAAAAAUAGUUUUACCAGAUAUAGAAUCCAUUGUAAUUGUGAAUAUUGAAUCUUGGGGUGCUGGCGUAAAUUUAUGGAAAUUAGGAGCUAACGAUGGUAAUGAGUUUGGUGCACAAUUCAUUGAUGAUGGAUUGUUAGAAGUACUUGGCAUACGAUCUUCCAUACAUAUUGCACAGCUAAAAAUGGGAAUUGCUGAACCCAUUAGAAUUGGUCAAGCAUCUGUAAUCAGAGUAAAAUUAUUACAAAAAUUACCGGUUCAGGUUGAUGGUGAACCUUGGCUCCAACCAAAGUGUGAAUUUGUGCUUAAGCGGUGUAAUCAAGCUACAGUUUUGAAGUUGUCAAAUAUAAUUUAACAAAGUAAAUUUAUUUUUAUUAUUAUUAAUAUACAUUAUUAUGCCUCAUACCGUCCAUUGACUUUUGGGGAGGCUUUUAAAAACAUUACCGCCUUUACAUAGCAGUUAAACAGUAUCACAUAUUUCAGUUAUAGGUCAUACUAGUUAUUAUUUAAUAUUUAAAGUACUUUUUAAUAAUAAAAGUAAAUUUAUGUCAUCUUGUCUAAUUCCCAUAUAUUUUUUAUAGUUGGACUUAGCUAAAACUUGAAUAAACUAUAAUGUUAAAUUCUUGUGCCAAAUAUUCAAAUAUAUAUAUUUUAAACAUUAUUAUGCUAUACAGUUGCACUGUAAAAUUAGUCAGCAAAUAUUUUAUUUUUAAUAUUUACUAGGAUUUUCCUAGUAAUUUAGAUAAAACACUAACAUUUUCAUUCAAUUAUUGAAAUUUUAAAAUUAUAAAUAAACAUUAAUUAAUAUAUUUUGAAUGCAAUAACUGGUGUCAUCUGGUAUUUCUUGAAAAACCAUUAUGAUAUUCUUUGUGUGGACUAAAAUACUGAAUAGUUCUAAUUUAAUUUGUUAUAAAAUAAAAUAAUUUUUUAAGGAUUACACUAAUUUGGACUAAAAUAAAUGUAUUGUAAAAAUUGUAAAAAUCUCUAAUAACCAAAAUAUAAAAGUAUAUUAAUUGUUAUUAUACAUAAUGUUGUAUCUAUUUUAAUUUAUAUCAACAAUAAUAUAAUUGUAAAUACUAAAUAUCACAUUCCUAUAUUUUAAAGAAUUUAUUGAGUUUGGAUAACUUAAUUUUUUAAAUAUUAAACUAUUAUCUAUUAUUAAUUUAAUACAUUUUGAUCUGAUGUAAAAAUAGAAUAUUAAAAGAAUGAUAUUAGGAUAAACUGUUUUAUACUCGCAUAACUCUUACUGAUUAAAUGUAUACCUAUAUUAUAAUAUAAUAUUAUUUAAUAUGUAUAUUAAUUACUAAAAACUAUAAAUGUAUUAGAAUAUAGUGUAUAUAUAGUGAUUAUAUUUACAAUAUUACAUGGAAGUAGGAAUUAUUUAACUAUUUUUAUUAAUACUAAAAAUAGGGUUUUUUAUAUAUUGUAGAUAAGUGUUAUAAAACAGUGUAAAAUAAUGAAUAAGGUUAUUUUGUUAUUUAUUUAUUAAAUAAAGAUCUGAUUGUCAUGAACUUACG